GACGGCGCCUGCAAAGCGACAAGCUGGCAAAGGAAGAGGCGCGAAGGAGGCUGGCUCGGCCUACGCCCGCCUCCGGUUAAAGUUCUCUAAUCUGCCUGCGACACAGUCCCCUCAGCAGCCACGGCUGUGGGACUUGCCCGGCUCUCGAUGCCGCCGCUGCCUACCUCUCGCUUCGCCUGGCUUUGCGCCUCGGCAGCUGUUGUGGCCCUGGGGGCCGCCGCGGCCUGGCGCUGGCGGCACAGGCGUGGAGGCCGGCGAGAGCUGGUGCAGGUGGGCACCGUGUCGGGUCUCGUCAUCUAUCCGGUCAAAUCCUGCCGGGGGUUGCCCCUGGAACGCGCAGAGGUGACCGAGCUGGGAGUCCAGAGCGGAGACUUGCGCGACAGGUUUUGGCUUGUAACUAAGGAAGAUGGACACAUGGUCACAGCUCGGCAGGAGUCUCGCCUGGUUCUGGUUUCUGUAAAUUGUAAAAAUGGUCACUUAAUCCUGAAUGCUCCAGAAAUGACGGAGCUGGCUGUCCCUGUCAAAGUCCCUGAGAAAAAUCCAGUGAAGAAUUGCAGGGUGUUUGGGCUUGAUAUUCAAGGGCAGGACUGUGGUGAUGAGGUGGCUCACUGGUUCACCACUUUCUUGAAAUCAGAACCUUAUCGACUGAUGCAUUAUGAGACUGACAUGGCACCAAGAAAAUGUGAAAAGAUUAUGAUGCCUUUUCGACCUAAAGAUGAGGUUGCUUAUAGUGAUUGUGGUCCACUCUUGAUCAUAUCAGAAGCUUCAAUGGAAGAUCUAAAUACAAGACUGGAGAAGAAAAUAGAUUUACGUUAUUUUAGACCAAACAUUACUGUCUCAGGCUGUGAUGCUUAUGAAGAGGACACCUGGGGCAAGAUUAUAAUUGGUGAUGUGGAAAUGAAAGAGGUGAUUGCAUGUGGCAGGUGUAUUUUGACAACUGUUGACCCAGAUACUGGCAUCAUAGACAGAAAAGAGCCACUGGAAACUCUAAAAAGGUACCGCAUGUGUGAUCCAGCUGAGAAGCAUAUUCACAAAUCUGCUCCAUUGUUUGGGAGCUUUUUUGGAAUAGAUAAAACUGGAACUAUUAAAGUGGGAGACCCAGUGUAUAAGGUAAUUGAAUGUUAGGGAGGGUUUGAAGGACUGUGAGUCUUAAAAUGUUUAUCUGUUCAGUAGUUGCAGUGUUGUUAUCAUAGACCACAAUCCAGCCAAAGCUCAGAAUUUUAAAGUUAGCAAGUGGUUCGUUUCAGCUAAUUUGUGCCCAUCCUUUCGGCUGGUUCUAAUUUUACAUUGCUUCUUAGAGAAAAAUAUUUGUAUUCUUAAUUUGUAACUGAAAUGAAUAUAAUGUUACCAGAUAAUUUAUUGUUAUUAAAAUCUUAAGCUGAACCUGCAAAAGAUGCCUAAAGUAUAUCGAAAAACAACAAAAUGUAUUGUGGUACCUUAAAGACUAAAUUCAGUACAGCUGCAUAUGGCAUCAUAAUGAACUGCAUUAAGUGUGAACCAGAGCUAAUUUGACCUGGGCCUCAAGCUCAAAGGACAGGGCUCAAAGUUAGACACUUGUUAAUUUUUUUGGCAUUUGAUACAUUUUGCAGCUUGUUUUUACACAUAUAAGACCAAAAUGUGACACACACUCUCAGCUUAGAACUGCAAACUUAAGUAAAUAAGAUGUAAGUUGGUAAAAAACAUUUUUGUCAUACUAAAGAAUGAAACGUGUUCAUAGAUAAUAAAAAUAGAUUGGUUCUGAUGAA